CUCUGUUUUUUCGCUUUAAUCAAUGACUGUGCCCUGUCUCUCCUCGUCUCUCACACACAUUGUUUCCCUUUCAACAUUUUCAACAUUUUCUCAACAUUUUCAACAUUUUCAACAUUUUCAGGUUUUAAUAAUGUUCAUCAGAAGCGAAGAAGAGAUUAGAGAUUCUGAAAAUCUCCUCAGCUUAUCAAACUCCCAUCCAAUUCCCCAUACAACGAACAACACCGUAACCCACAUCCAUUAAUGCCCUCAUUUUCCUUCUUCCUCUCCUCCUUCUCAAUCCCAUUUCCCCUUCUUUUCUUCCCACUCAUUCCUCCUCUUCUAGGGUUUUGAAACCAAAUCAUUCCCAUUCCCCCACCCCUUUCACCUGAUUACAUCAUUAAAUUCCCUUCCUAAUCCCUCUCUUCUUUUUCGGAGCUGUAAAAAAAGUCCCCUCUCUCUCUGUUCAUCAUCUUCUCUACCCCUCUGGGUUAAUAAUUCUUCCCUUUUCUUUUCUGGGUUUUCUCUUUUUUCCCCUAUUCUGCCUUGCUCUUCUUCUUCUUACCCUUCUUUUUCUCCUUCUCUUCAUAGUGUGGUCGUUUCUUGCGUUUCUUUUUCUGGGGUUUUCUUGUUGUUCAUCAUGGACUAGAAUGUGGAAGAUCUGAUUCUGUUUUUCACGUUUUUUGGGGUAUCCAUGUCUCGCUUUGCUCCCCUUUACCCUGAUCGUGUUUUAAUGGCGCCUUCUGAUUGACAUUUGGUUUUCCCUCUUGGCUGCAACUAUAUUUGUUGUCUCUCAAAAUGCCUUUUUCGAAGCUUGAUGAUUCUCCUAUGUUCCGCAAGCAGAUACAAUGCUUGGAGGAAAGUGCUGAAUUAUUGAGGGAGAGGAGUUUGAAGUUUUUUAAAGGAUGUCGAAAGUACACUGAAGGACUUGGUGAGGGAUAUGAUGGUGAUAUUGCUUUUGCAAGUUCUCUGGAAACUUUUGGGGGAGGGCAUAAUGACCCAAUCAGCGUUGCUUUUGGUGGACCUGUCAUGACCAAAUUUACAAUUGCAUUGAGGGAAAUCGGGACAUACAAGGAAGUCCUUCGUUCCCAGGUGGAGCAUAUGCUUAACGACAGAUUAAUGCAGUUUGUCAAUUUCGAUUUGCUUGAAGUCAAGGAAGCAAGGAAGCGCUUUGACAAGGCUAGCCUUCUCUAUGACCAGGCUCGUGAAAAAUUCCUGUCACUGAGAAAAGGGACUAAAAACGACGUUGCUAGUCUAUUGGAAGAGGAACUUCAUAACGCUAGAUCUGCAUUUGAGCAAGCGCGCUUUAUUCUAGUGACUGCUCUUUCUAAUGUCGAGGCCAAAAAAAGGUUCGAAUUCUUAGAGGCAGUGAGUGGGACAAUGGAUGCGCAUCUUCGUUACUUCAAACAGGGUUAUGAAUUGUUGCAUCAGAUGGAGCCAUAUAUUAAUCAGGUGUUGACGUAUGCCCAGCAAUCAAGAGAAAGGUCGAACUAUGAGCAGGCUGCUCUUAGUGAACGGAUGCAAGAGUACAAGAGGCAGGUUGAUCGGGAGAGUAGGUGGUCAUCCAAUGGUUCGAAUGGAUCACCUAAUGGAGGAGAUGGUAUUCAAGCCAUUGGUAGAAGCUCACAUAAAAUGAUAGAGGAAGUCAUGCAAUCUGCUGCCAAAGGAAAGGUUCAAACCAUUCGACAAGGUUAUCUCUCAAAGCGUUCUUCGAACUUGAGGGGUGACUGGAAAAGACGAUUUUUCGUUCUUGAUAGCCGGGGAUUGCUGUAUUAUUACCGCAAGCAAUGCAGCAAAUCAUCUGCAACUACAGGGCAGCUAUCUGGUCAGAGGAAUAGUUCAGAGCUUGGUUCUGGCCUUUUGAGCCGCUGGCUUUCUUCCCACAAUCAAAGUGGGGUGCAUGAUGAGAAAUCUGUAGCUCAUCAUACAGUGAACCUGCUCACUUCAACGAUCAAAGUUGAUGCGGACCAGUCCGAUCUUCGGUUUUGCUUUCGCAUCAUUUCACCGACCAAGAGCUAUACUUUGCAGGCAGAGAGUGCACUUGAUCAAAUGGAUUGGAUCGAAAAAAUAACUGGAGUUAUCGCUUCGUUACUAAGUUCUCAGGCUCCAGAGAGGUGUCUUGCGGGUAGUCCCAUGGGAAGUGGUCACAACAGGUCUACCAGUGAGAGUAGUUCUUUUGAAAGUUCUGACUUUGAUCAGACAGGGGUUGACGAAUACACAUCUGAAAGAAAUCUUAAUUCCUCGCAUUUGGAACGCCCUUCUAGAAACUUGCAGCAGCAACGUUCGACUAUGAAAAUUGAGAAGCCAAUAGACAUACUUCGUAGAGUAUGCGGGAACGAUAAGUGCGCGGAUUGUGGUGCUCCUGAGCCCGACUGGGCAUCUUUGAAUCUCGGUGUUCUUGUUUGUAUUGAAUGUUCUGGCGUUCACCGUAAUCUCGGUGUUCAUAUAUCAAAGGUGAGAUCCCUUACAUUAGAUGUGAAAGUGUGGGAACCUUCAGUGAUCAGUUUGUUUCAGUCUCUUGGAAAUACGUUUGCGAACUCGGUUUGGGAGGAGAUGCUGCAAUCGAGAAGUUCCUUUCAGGUCGAUCUCGUUACGACAGGCUUGUACAGGUUUGAUAAACAGCAAAUGCAUUCUAUCAGCAAACCCAGCCAUUCUGAUCCAAUAUCAGUGAAGGAGAAGUUCAUUCAUGCAAAGUAUGCAGAAAAGGCUUACGUUCGGAAACCAAAGGAAAAUCAGUAUCCUCAUUUAGUAGCGCAACAGAUCUGGGAUGGUGUUCGCUCGAACGACAAGAAAGCCGUUUAUCGUCACAUUAUAAACUCGGAAGCAGACGUAAAUGCGGUUUAUAAGCAAGUGGCAUGUGGCUCUUUGACUCUUGCUAAAGUAAUGUUAAUGCAGGACCCGACUGGCCUCGAACAUAAAAACAAAUCCAGUGAUUUUGCGGAGAGAUCUACAAGCUCUUCGAACUUGGGAGGUACGAGUGAAGGCCAGCCAUUGGAGGAUCUAGAUGGCUGCACACUCCUGCAUCUCGCAUGCGAAACUGGAGACAUCAGUAUGCUCGAGCUCCUUUUACAAUGUGGUGCGAACAUUAACGCCAUUGAUUCUCGACGUCAAUCAGCUCUUCACCGAUGUAUCGUUAAAGGCAGAACUGGGUUUGCCAAAUUGCUUCUUUCCAGGGGAGCCGACCCACGAGCAAUGAACGGAGACGGUAAAAGCCCUCUAGAGCUGGCAGUAGAGUUAAAACUGAAUGAUGUGGAGCUGGUUGCUAUACUAGCUGAUUCAAAUGGAUGAGGAGAUUGUUGUGGUGAAAUUCCAGACAAGGAAG